CAACAUUGGGAAAGAAUCUAUGAGCACCGAUUCCUACAUGAACAGCCCAAAGAUGGUGACCUAGUAUUAGUACGCAACACCGCUAUUGAGAAGUCACACAAUAGAAAGUCAAAGCCAAGAUACUUGGGACCAUUUGAAGUCAUUGGGCGAUCUAAAGGUGGAUCCUAUAUACUGUGGGAAUUGGAUGGCACCUUCAUCCGACAAGGAGUAGCACCCUUCAGACUCCUACAUUAUCACGCAUGA